AUCACCAUCACCUCCAUUUUCCGCCUGAGAUUCGAGGAGCCUGCAAGGCCUCACGCGAACCAUCAACAUGCGAGGCUUCAUUCCAUCAUCACUUGCCUUCCAACCCUACAACACUUCAAAUAAUCCAUUUGGCCUUGGGCCUCUCCUCACAAAAACUUACCAAGGCCCAGGCCAUGGUGAAGGAUAUCUUGAAUGUUUCGGCUGGAAAUCUGAACCUCACGGUCGCCGCGAAAAAUUGCAUGGAGGGACUCGAGUCUUCAGAGUACAGAUUCAAACAGACAGCUGAUCAUGCAUUGCCAGGUGGUAAAAUGAAGGACGCUCGUGCAUGGAUGAGUGCCGCGCUGGGGUACCAACACGGCUGCUCGUCAGGUUUGCAAAAAGUAAACGACACCGUUCAAGUGAGAAAAACUAUAGUAUUUGUGGAUUCCUUGAUUGGGUUCACCAGCAAUACUCUGGGGAUGCUCAUGAAUUACGACAUUCACGGGAGCAAAACCGGAUCAUGGGGUCCGCCAAAGACAGAGCGUGACGGAUUUUGGGAAGGUGUUAGGGGGACCAGAAUGUAUAUCAGGGGCGGGGUACCUUCGAGUUUGAAGUCGAAUGUGACGGUUUGCAAGGCUGGAAAUUGUGACUAUAAAACCGUGCAGGAGGCGGUGAAUGCAGCGCCGAACUACUUGGUAUAUGAGAAAUUUGUUAUAUGGAUCAAGGCAGGAUUGUAUGAUGAGAUUAUUAGAAUCCCUUUGGCGAAGAGAAAUGUGGUAUUUUUGGGAGAUGGAAUGGGCAAAACUGUUAUUACUGGAUCAUUAAAUGUUGGUCACAUGGGCAACAAUGGAGUCACCACUUUUGAAUCUGCUACGGUCGGAGUACUUGGUGAUGGAUUCAUGGCUAGGGGUCUAACCAUUCAAAACACAGCAGGUCCUGAUGCUCAACAAGCCGUAGCUUUUCGAUCCAGCAGUGAUCAUUCUAUCGUAGAAAACUGCGAAUUCCUGGGCAAUCAGGACACACUUUAUCUCAAUUCAUUGCGACAGUAUUACAAAUCAUGUCGCAUCCAAGGCAAUAUAGACUUCAUAUUUGGAAACGCGGCCGCCUUUUUCCAAGACUGUGACAUCCUAGUCGCCCCUCGGCUAGUAAAUCCAGAGAAUGGCGAAACCAAUGCUGUAACUGCUCAUGGUAGAAUAGAGCCAGGACAAUCAACAGGAUUCGUCUUCCACAAUUGUUCAAUCAAUGGAACUGAAGAAUAUAUGAAGUUGUACUACAGUAAUGCUAGUGUACACAAAACUUUCCUUGGAAGACCAUGGAAGGAGUAUUCCAGGACAGUUUUUAUACAAUGUAAACUGGGGGAUCUUAUUAAUCCUGCUGGAUGGAUGCCUUGGAGUGGUGAAUUUGCUUUGAAAACUCUUUACUACGGAGAAUUCGAAAAUAGUGGUGGAGCUGCAGCCAAUGCCAAAGAACGAGUGUUGUGGAGUAGCAAAAUCCCAGCUCAACAUAUUUAUUCAUACUCUCUCCAUAAUUUCAUUCAAGGCGAUCAAUGGAUUCCUUCAUCAUGAUUGAAAUAUUGGCAAAUUUUGAUUUUGGUCAUUUCAUUGUAACAUAUUUAACCUUCAAUUAAUUCAAACAUAUGCACUUUUGACCCCUCUGCUUGUGAAUCUAGACUAAUUCAUUAAUUACCCUUGCAUUACGUUAAACUUGUACUGUUAAUUAA